CUACAACAGCAAUUUGACAAACAAAGAAAAUGAGUUCGCCAAACGGAAAAUUAUUUUGCGCAUAUGGAAUGCUGCAUACUUAGAUAUAGCUGUAUAUACUAUAUAUACACAUAUAUAUAUAUUUGCCUAUGUUAUACACACACAAAUCUACAUAAAAUCUAAGUGCAAACCAAUUGUGAUUUAAGCUAAUGACCACAACCGAAUCCGCUGCAAACCAAUCCAAAACCGAAACCAAAACCAACAACAAAAAAAGAGUGUAUAACCAAUAAGUUUUUCAAGUUUAUUAAACGUCAAAUAUUAUAUGAAAAUCAACCGAAAGCCUUGUAAAUAGCGAAACAAACGCAAAAAAUAAAACUUUUCAGCCGUAAAUGACAACUUUUUCUAUAUGAUUACAAUAAUAGAAACUCGAAGAAAAUAAACUACAAUCCUAACAACGAAUCAACAAACAACGCCGUUUACACAACAACCACAAAAUAGAUAGAGGAAUGCAUUGCUAAACCAGAGGAGAUUUAAAACUCCCUUUAACCGAGUGGCCUGUAAUUUGGAAAGGAUCUCAACGCAAAAAUGGCGCCGCAACGCAUGGGGCAGCAAAAACGUUGGCAGCAAGAGCUACUACAACAGCAACAAAGGACGAAACUAUCCUGGCAAAGGCUGCAGCAGCAACAACAGCAACAACAGCAAUUAGAAAAAACAACAAAGACCCGACAACGAUACAGAGCGGUGGAAAAAUGAAACAAAAACCAGAAACGAAUUUUCCACUCAAAUUUGCAUUCAGCCAAAGAAAUACAAAAGUCUAAACAAAGAGGAAGGAAACGACACACAAACCCCGUGCACACUAAGAAAGUUGCCAGCAAAACGGGUCAGAGGGCACGCACACACACACACAUACACACGCCAUACACAGACACGAGCCACAACACAACACAUAGCACUCUAUAAAACAGCCGGCGCAUAAAACAUAUAAAACAUUAAACCGACGGAUAGAGAGAACGACGAGUGCAUUGCGAACAGUUUUCAACGAAUUUCCCAAAGUCUACAAAAGAAAUCCAACAAAAGAAGUUCAUUACAAGUAACAAAACAAAACCAUAACACAUUUUGAAAUUUGCUCUGUGAUUUUCUAUCAGAAUGGUUUAAUAUAAUCCAAAUAAUAAUAAUGAUAUUUAAUAACAUAAAGUAUUUAUAAAUAUUGCUAACAACUGCGUUCCAAGCCACCACGCCCCACAAAACUUAUCGAAUUCCCCAAAGAAAAGCUUUAAAUCUAACCAAAAACGUAAACAAACAAUUUCUAUAAAUAUUAACAACCGGAGUUUAUUAGAGGAGAACAACUAGAAGGAGCGAAAGCCCACAAACGUCAACGAACCUCGAUCAGGACCACACACUCAGACCAGAGCCAUGGACGAGAUGCCCGACCUGUCGCACCUGACGCCCCAUGAGCGGAUGCAGAUCGAGAAUGUCCUCAUGCGGCAGAAGCAGGAGGAGGAGAAGCAGAACGAAAUCAUGCGGCGAAAACAGGACGAGGUGGUCACGCUGGAAAUGCAAAUCAGGCAGCGCUCCGAGCAGCAGAAGAAGGCCGGCGUCGAGCUGGAUGCCACCUGUCACAUAUGCCUUAAGACCAAGUUCGCCGACGGCGUUGGCCACAUUUGCCACUACUGCAACAUUCGCUGCUGCGCCCGAUGCGGCGGCAAGGUGACGCUCCGCAGCAACAAGGUUAUAUGGGUGUGCAUUCUGUGUCGCAAGAAGCAGGAGCUGUUGUCGAAGACUGGCCAGUGGAUCAACAAGACGGCAGCCCAACAAGAUGGUUUCAUCCGACGCAUCGAGCCUGAUGGGAGUAGCGACAUCUCCCAGCAGGCCAUCGUGGAUCCGCGGGACACCACGGACAAGCGACCCAAGUUGGAACGGACUCGCAGCGCAGCCGAGAAAGAGAACCUGCCGAUGCAGAGGGCGGGCAGCAUGCUGCGGCGCCAGUACUCCCAGCAGGAGCAGCCCACAAACCGCCGCAUGUCGGCCUCGGACAGCGGCAUGGAUCCCAUGAUGAGUCCCGGCCAACAUCCUCAUCAGCAUCCUCACCAGCAGCAGCAGCAGCAGAUGCAGCAUCACCAGCAGCAGAUGCAGCAGCAGCAGCGUUCUCGCAUGCAGCAGAUGAAUCCGCAGCAGGCGCAGCAAGGUUACGGAAUGCAGCAUCAGCAGCCGCAGCAGAGAUCGGGGGGCGCUUAUCCGGAGGAGGAUCCCAGCUACUAUCAGGGUGAGCUGGACGGCCUGAUGAGACAGCAUCCCCACCUGGCGCAUCCCAGCCAGGUGCAGCAGCCGCAUGCACCGCAAUCGCAGCUGCAACAUCAGCAACAGCAUCAGCAGCAACAGCUGCAGCAGUCGCAGCAACACCUUAUGCAGCAGCAGCAUCGUCAGUCGCCGCAGCAACAUCCUCAGCAGCAUUCGCAGCAGUUUGGGGGCAGGCAGCAGCCACAGCAGCAGUCCUACCAAGCACAGAUCCACAAUCAGCCUCAGCAUCAGCACCAGCAUCAUGGCCAGCAGAUGUCCCAGUCGCAGUCCCCGAUGGGGGGCUACCAGAAGCCGCCGCCGUUGACCCGCAACCUGACCAUAAGCGGUGGCCAUGCCAUGGACACCGGCGCCUACAGCCAGCAGCAGCAGCAACAGCAGCAACGACGAGCACUGGCCGGAUCACAGUACGCCUCGACGCAGCAGCGAUCCUUCAGCAGCUCCGAGGAGGAGUUCCAGCACCAGCUGAUGGCCGCCCAGGCGCAGGCGGCUGGAGCGGGGGCCACUGUCACCGCCGGAUCGGACUACGAUGGCGGGCGCCUCCAGGUGCGCACAUCUCUGGAUCCGUGGCGCCAGCAGCGGAGCCUCAACGAGCGGGACCUGCUCAGUGUCAGCGGCGGAGGAGGUGGGUCCACUGACUUCCGCCACUUGUCGCACACCACCCAGCGACUGUACUCCUCGGCGGAUCAGAGGGAUCGCUACGAGCUGCAGCUGCAGCACCGCGAGCGCCUGGAACAGUAUCCUCUGACGCGAACCGCUCGCCUGGACGUCCAGCAGCGCAACUCGCUGAAUCGCAGCAACCACGACCGGCAGUUUUCUGGGGGAGGAGGUGGCGGCGGCCCAGGACUGGGACUGGGACCGGGACCCGGACCGGGAGCAGGUGCGGCGGGUGGUGCUGCUGGCGCCUACCGACGUGCCCCGCCCUUGGCAGCCGCCGGCGGCGGCGGCAGCAGCAGCAGCAGCACCACUAGCAGCAGUUACUACCCCCAGUCGAAGCCGCAGAUCGUGAUUGGGCCGGGAACAGGCUACGAUCGCGGAUCCAUGGCAACGGCAGCUCAAAUGGAGGCCCAAGGUCAGGCGGCACGGGGCGGCCAUCGCGGCCUGCUAGGCGCCACGCGUGCUGGCAGUGGCGGCGGCGGCGGAAGUAGCUCCGUCAGUUCCACUGAAGCUGCCUAUUGGGAUGAGCCAGCCACCAGCUCCUCCUCGUCGGCGGCCCAGGACUCGCGCCGCUUCACCGAGCGCAGAAUAAAGAAAACGGUGCGAUUCGAUGCCCAUGAUGAGGAGGCCUCCUUGCUGGCAGCCAGCUCGUUGCCCCCUGUGACCGGGAUCCUGCCCUCGACGGCGGUCGAUGUGGGAGCGGCCACCAUACUGAGCAGUGGCAAGAGCAGCAGUGGCCUCGAGGCCGGCGGAGCUGACUGGACGCGCUGGGAGGCCGAGCGGCAAGGCAGCCAGGACUCGGCCACCAAGGACUCUGGCAUCGAUACCAGCAGCACGUUUACCAGCAGCGAGGACUCGAACCGAGGAGAUGGGCCCAAGAACCCGGUGAAUUGGCAAACAUCCGCGGACAAUACUCGCCUGAUCGGGCACAUGAUAUUGCGUAAAUACUAUGAUGGGGAGGAUAUAUUAGGCUUAAAGGUCAACGGCGGUCAGCCCCUCCUUGGAACGGGCGGAGGUCCAUGCGGGGCCGUCGUGGAGAAGGUGAAGCGCGGAUCGGUGGCCGAUCUCGAGGGCCGUAUUCGACCAGGCGACGAGAUCAUCGAGUGGAAUGGCCGCGGGCUGCACAACAAGAGUGCCGACGAGGUGUACGAUAUCAUCGACGAGAGUCGCCUGGACGCCCAGGUGGAACUGAUCGUAAGCCGGGCGAUCGGCAGCGGUGGCGGUAGUGGCGGCAGCAGCAGCAACGUCAGUCCGAGCAGCGCCUGUUCCGCUUCCGGCGGAUCCGCCAGCAGUGCUCCUCCGCGCCGCUCCUCGGCCAACUUCCCGCACAGCGGGCUGGCCAGCAGCAUGGCCGGAAGUGCGGUGGUCAGCAGUGGCGGACGAUAUCUUCAGCGCAAAGCACCUGCGGUCGAGGCCAUAGAAAUCCAUCGCGACAAGCCAAGCGUGCUGAUCACCUCGCCCGGCUCACCGGACAUCCACACCGGAUCGGCUUCGGGAGCGGGCGGCGGCCUUCGGCAACGUGGCGGCGUCGGGCCGACGCAGCGCCUGGGACCAAGUCACAGCAGCCACAGCCACAGCAGCAGCGGUAGUGGCAGCGGCAGCAGCACCAGCAGCGCCCACGCCUCCAACUCCGCCCACGGAUCCGUCCACGCUUCCGGCUCCGCCUCGGGCGGUCUGCACGGCGCCACGACGGCGGGCCACCAUCACCAUCAUUUCCAUCCGCACCAGCAUCCGCAACAGCACCAGGGAUCCCCAGCCGCUCACCUCCAUGGCCACGGGGUGGGCGUCGGCAUGGGCAGUGGCUCCGGCACCACCACGCAGCCGAUACCAAUCGAAGGGCGGCUGCAGCUGAAGCUUGGCUAUGACCAGAACACGCUGCAGCUGAUCGUGACCCUGGUCUGUGCCACCGGCCUCUCCCUGCGCCAGAGCGGAGCUGGCCGUAAUCCCUACGCAAAAGUGUUCCUUCUGCCCGACCGAAGCCACAAAUCAAAGCGGCGAACGAAGACGGUGGGCACCACCUGUGAACCCCGAUGGGGUCAGACCUUUCUCUACUCCGGUCUGAGGCGCUGUGAUCUCAAUGGUCGUCUGCUCGAGGUAACGCUGUGGGAUUAUGUGCGCUAUGGGGCCAACGACUUCAUCGGCGAGGUGGUCAUCGAUCUGGCACACCACAUCCUGGACGACGAGGCCGAGUGGUAUCAGCUGCAGCCCCACCAGGACACCUCCUAUCUCUUACGUGACGAGGGCAGCGAUGUGGACGGCCUGAUACUGACACCGACAGAUCAUUUAUCACCGCCGAGCACCAUGUCGCGUCUGAGCGACUCGGACACAACGUCCGACUGCGACAUCGAUGGAAUGACGCCCGGGGCCAGCAUCUCUUCGAUGGGCAGCUCGGCCAGCCCGCCGCCCCUGCUAGAGCUCGAUCUAAACGAGCGUCGGUCCCGACGUGACAUGUCGCCCCAGGGCCGCAAGCGAGUGGCCGGGAUGGUGGCCCGUGACUACCGCACUGUAUCUGGCAUUGGACAAAGUUACCACAAUCAGGCCUCUGCCACCGGCUACUAUCGUCGCGGAGGCGGUAAUGGUGUCGGCUCCGCCAUCGGCCCCGGUGGCAUGAGCCUUAGCCAGCGAAGCCACUCGGCGGCACCCAGCGACGGUUAUCACACCAGCAGCAGCGGCGGAGGAGGAGUAGCAGGCGGAGUGCCCUCCGGUGGAUCGGGCUACGGUUACAGGAGCACCAGUCCCAGACGGGGUUCCCUCUCACCGCCAGACGACCGCUACAUAGACUAUCCAGUGCUUCCAGUUCCAUCGGCCUACCAGGGUCCGGGUGGUGCCACCUCAGCGGCAUCGGCAGCCUCGCAACAGCAGAGAUUCCAGUCGCGUUCGGCCACAGCAACGCCCACAGGCUCGCCCAAGAAGAGGCAACUGCCACAGGUGCCGCAAACCUCGCGGAGCGCCAUGCUGCGGGACCGCCUCGGACAGGACUUCGACGAGCGACUGGCCUCAGGCGGUCGCUUCGGGCGGCAUCGCACACGGCAGCCACACCACCAGGCCACAUACCGCAGCACCGGGAUGGGCGGCUGGGAGCGACACUACACCGGACUCUCCGACAGCGACUUGCACUCGAUGGAUGCGCGCAUGCGGCCACGACACUCGCUGUCGCCAGACAAGGACUUCAUGGGCGAGUUCGGCGAUUCGGAUAUGGAGUCGGUGGUCAGCGUGACUUCCAGCGCCUUCUCCACGCAGUCGGAGCGGCCGCGCACCUCGCGCGGACUCAGCUUCCCCCGCAACUGGCGCAAUCUCUUUGGCGUUCGCAACAGCUUCCUCAGCGGCGCCGCAGGUGAACCGAUCACCGGACUGCGACUGCAUCAUUCAGAGCCCGGUAGGGCCAACACCAUCGAGGUGGACGACUGCGACUAUCUGCCGUCCGGCGGAACCCAGCAAAUGGUACUGCUGGAACAGCUGGAGCAACUGCAGCAAUUGGCCGCCCUAGCGGCUGCCGACUCGCCGCCCAUCUCCGCCGGCGGCAUCGGAAUGGGCAUGACUCCGCAUCAGGUGCUGGUGACCGAUGCCAACAGCGGCCAGCUGGUGGAGCAGUUCUUCGUGGAACCCGGCACUGUGGCCGAGGAGACGCUGGCACCACUCGAUCCACUCGAUCCCCAUGCGCAUCUGCAUCCUCACUCCGCCUACUACUCGCCCCAUUUGCCACCACCGCCAUUCGCCAUCGACAUCGACAUGUUUCCACCACGACGGCCCAACGGACAGAAACCGAACGUACAAGCCACCGCCGCCUAUCCGCUGCCGCUGCUGCCGAGCUUUAAGCAAUUCAAGCGCAUUACCACGCCCAUCACGAAUCUCUUCCGCAGCUCCUCGCCCUCGGGCGUCCACGCCCACGACCACGUCGCCUCCGGGGUGACAGCCUCGCCCAGCUCGCUGGUGGGUUAUGUACGCGACCACCUGGACAAGAGCUGCAGCCACUGCCAGAACGGGAGUCAGCCGGUGGUGCUAUCCACGCAUCAUACCCUGCACCUGGCCACCGCGGGCCUGGCGAUUGGCGCCUGUCCCGAUCCCUGCUGUUUGGCGGACGCGCAUCCGCACCCCCAGCAUCAGCUCAUGGGCUAUCCCUACGUCGGUGCCAGCGGUGAGCCGCCCUCCUCGGAUCCCGCAAUGUGCGGUGAGUGCGUGGACCAACACUUUCUGGGCGGGCUGACGGGACCGCAGAUGAAUCUGGGCGUAGUGCCCACCUAUCAUGUUCACACGCCCACGCCGAAUGCCCAUCGGAGGGCCAGGGGACAGAUGGCAACGCCGCCACCGCCGCCCACACAGUCGGUGCUGCGCCUGUCCCGACAGCUGAGCGAAGAUGCCUUGGUGGCCGCCGUUCCUAUCUCAGAGGCCAAGGCGCAACCCACUUCAAUACUGAAGAAGCCGAAACUAGAGCGACGGCGGCUCUUCCACGAGGGUCAGUCACGAUCCCUGGACUACGACGAUCUGCACGCGAAGAGCUGGGGUCGCCGACGCAUCCGAUACGAGGACGAGGUGGUGCCUUCGUCCGGCGACUACCCCUAUCCGCAUCCAAGCUCCUACGCUCACUCGCCUACUUCGGCGAUGUCGCGUCGCUACGGAUCGGAGACGAAUAUUCGUCAGUCGUACAUGGGCGCCAAUGUAGAUGCCAACCAUCCCUUGAGCCACUCGCACUUCCUGGUAACGGACGAUAAGAUCGUGACCAUCAUGUAUGACUCAGAUGUGGGCUGGACAAGAAGAGGAGUGGCCCCUUCCCUCUUCCGUGGGGCUCACCGUCAGCGAGGGUUGGCGGAUUCCAGACACCACAUGUCGCUGGACUUGCAGCGCACCAGUCAGCAAAAACUGUACGGACCGGCGGCGCCGUACUUGAAGCGCCGCCGGAACCUGCCACAUCCGCCCAGUGCCCAGAAUGCGCACAACUUCUCGCCCAUGGAGGGCGGAUCAGGAUUGGAAGCGGGAGCGGUGGGAAUGGAGCACGGCAACGGAAUGGGUAGCGGUGGUGCACACAACACGAGCAGUACACACAAUAGCAACCACUACACCAACCAAAACAAUAGCCAAGCGAGUAGUGUUAGUGUUAGCCAAAGUCACAACCAACAACUACAACAAUCAGCUAGGCAAAAAGGGAAAGAAGGCACCGCCGCCAACAGCGGAUCGAUGAUGGCAUCGGAGCAGCUGACGAAAUCUAGUAGUGGGAGCGGUGGUGCCACAUCUGCUGCCGCUGCUGGGCAUCUUGUCGUCGGUGGUACUAAUGCUAAUAAUGCUUCUUCUUCCUCUUUUGCAAAUCCCCAACAACAACCACCUCCACAACAACAACUACAACAACAACAACAACAUCAUGGAUCACCCAACCAAAUCAACAACAAUAACAAACGUGUCCCAUCAUCAACAAAUGCAACAACAACUACACCAACACCACACCAACAAAACAUAAACACCAACAACAAUGACGUUAACAACUUGACGCUUGACGCCACACACCAACAACCCCCACCACAAAAUACAUGCACAAAUCUUAUCACAAAUACAACAACAACAUUAACAACAACAACAACAUCGUCGAAUGCAACGAAUGCGGCGACAACGACAAUUGCAACAACCGAAACAACAAAUGCUACAAAAACUGCCACAAAUCCAACAACAACAACAAAUAACACGAACGAACCAAACGCAACAACAACAACAACAACAACGAACGCAACUGCCGAUGCGGAUGCGGACCCGGAUGCUCCGCUGGACGUCAUCGACUGGGAUGCCAUCGAUGCCAUGCUGGACGACGACUUUAGCGAGUACGACAAGGACAAGAACGGCGCCGAUGAGACGGGCGGUCCAAAGUCAACGGAUGGAGGUGGUGCCGAGGGCGAAGAGAAAGUCGAUGGCAGCCUCUCGGACACCGCGACGGACCGGAAGAAGGGCGGCGCCGUCGACCAGGAGAGGUCGCCCAAGGGCGGCAGCGGCAUGGGCAAAAAGUCCAACUCCACCUCGCAGCUGUCGGCCACAGGUCGUAAAAGACGUAUGGGCUUUGGAAAGAAGGGUAAGAACUCGUUCACGGUGCACCGCAGCGAAGAAGUGCUGCCCGGCGAUAUCACGCGCGAGCUGCGCACCGGAGGCGGCGGUAUUGGCGUUGGCGGAGGGCUUAGCGGGGCCGGUGGUGCAAGUGCCACCGCUGGUGGUUCCAGCGGUGCCGGCGGCGGCGGCGGCCUGUCCCGCGGCUCGUCCUCGGAGGCGGACGCCAUCGAGCAGUUUUUCGGCGAUGGCGCCGGCGGGGAAAGGUUUUCCCCCUCGUUGCGAAAUGAUGGAGCCCUCAAUGAGUUCGUGGAUGGCCUUGGGCCAGGUCAACUCGUGGGCCGCCAGGUGCUGGGAGCCCCCUCGCUGGGCGACAUCCAGCUAUCGCUGUGCCACCAGAAGGGCUUUCUGGAAGUGGAGGUCAUCAGAGCUAGAGGGUUGCAGCAAAAACCCGCGUCCAAGAUGCUGCCCGCUCCGUAUGUGAAAGUCUACUUGGUGUCUGGAAAACGCUGUGUGGACAAGAUGAAGACCUCAUCAGCACGACGUACUCUGGAUCCACUGUACCAGCAGCAGCUGGUUUUCAAGCAGUCCUACACCGGUUGCAUACUACAGAUCACCGUGUGGGGCGACUACGGACGCAUCGAGAAGAAAGUGUUUAUGGGCGUGGCGCAGAUUAUGCUCGACGAUCUGAAUCUGUCGAACAUUGUGAUCGGCUGGUACAAGCUCUUUGGCACCACCUCACUGGGUCGUCCGAUUGUUUGGGCCGGCGAGUCAGUCAUUAUGGAGGAGCCGGGCGAAUAACAGUUUCCAACACUCUCAACACCAAAACCAACAGCCACCACAACGCUUUCUAUUCCAACCAACACAACCACAACAACGAAAACACUUUAGGCACCCAAGCACAAUUCAAUUCAAGCGAACUCGAAACUGAACUGAAUUCAUAACCCUUGGCAGGAGCUGCCAGCCUUGCAGCCAAAUAGCAAAGGACCAAGGUCAGCCUGCAGCAGCGGCUCCCAGGAUGCCGCCCGAUACCCAUUCGGCAUGUUGCUGGCCUAGGCUAAGUCCACAUCUGUUUUUUCUAUUCGCCGGCGGAGGAAAACCUAAGAAAACGAAAACAACAUUUAAAAUAAUAUGAAAUGGAAGGAUAUCUAAUUUUUAUAAGUCAUGAAAACAAAUGCAUUUAAAUGAGAACAGAGAACAGAGAACACAAGCCGAGCGGUUAGAUGAUUAAACAUUACUUCGGAAGGCGGAUACAAGAUAGAUGUAACGGAGAUCUAUAUAUAUACAUGUACACACAUAUAAAGGAUAACAUUUGACAAAGAAUACUUGUAAAUUAUGCAUAUUUCAAAUAAUUUUUACUACACACCUAAGAUCACUAUUAUUUGCGUAAUACGAUUACUACGAUUAUUAUUACUUACAACUAUUAUUGAUAAAAAGAUACAAAAAAAAGAAAAGAAAACAAAAAAAAAAAACAGAAACAAUGGAGAAGGUGGAGAAAGUUCAAGUGCUAAUGUCAGUCAUGCCUAAGCCUGAGCCCGAGCAUAGGCGCUUAAGGACAUAAAUUGUUUAUUGAUUAAAUAGCUAAAUCUAAAUCAGUCGAGGGAAGUUCUAGAUUUUCAGAGAGGAGGUUAUUUAAGUAUAUAUACAUACAUAUAUAAAUCGAUAUAUACAUAAAUAUAUUUAAUGUUUAAGCAAGCAAAGAACCACUAACACUUAAAUAAGCCUAACUUACGAUCGAUGAAACCGAAACCUAAAGUAAAAGCUUAAGUUUAGGUAACUGAAAAGCGAGAUAUGAGAUAUGUUAUGUAUUAAUCGAACGAAAAAGAACAAAAUUAUUUACCAAGGAGGAGGGGUGAUGAUCAAGUUAAACUUAUUAAUGCAGAAUCUGAACUUAAACUGUAAAUAGAGAGUCCUCACACGUUACAUAUACAUACAUACAUGCCACAUCCGGAUAACCGAUAACCCGAUAAUACCCGAUUUCCAAUUACCGCCAACCGCUUUUCCAAGUUUAGGCUUUAGCUAUUGAUUAGCCUCUGCGAACACGUCAAAAACUCCGCAGCCACCCCAAAAUGCCCGAGUUUUUGCCGUCAUCGAUGGGGACAUGCAUAUAUAUUUGAGGCAGGCAUAUAGGAUAUAUAAUUUAUCUAUGAAUAAUACUAUACCGCGAUUUUGUUGUAGCCCCCUUGCUUCACUAGAGUCGCUAUAGCAUCCGUUUUUGGCCUUUGUUCCAAUCAACUUGCCUCGAAACGCAUCAAGUACCUUCAAGUUAAUAGUGUGAGCUGUAAAAAUCGUUACCUGCUUGCCAAAGAUACACGUACACGUACAUUAGCAUAAAUGGAAAUGGGAGGAAUAGUUUGCAAUUUACUGCAUCUUGGUUUGCGAUACUUUUUCGGCGUUCUUUUGGGCAACAUUUUGCAAUGCAUUUCCGGUCAGGAGGAUCACUUUCAGCAAACAUAUCAGAGAGACGACAGAUGACCGAUUUGAGCAGUUACUUUUAUAUAUCCAGACAUAUGUAGGUCAGGGAGAUAGGUUUGUCUUAGCUAUUGUUCCUAUCCAGUAAACGACGUUAUUUUUCCCAUCACUCAUGGCUACGGAUAUUGAGUUGAACCUUUCCGUCCAUUCAUUCAACUACACACAGCAGCAGCAGCAGUUACACACAGUUAGCACGCAUACGGGGGCAGAGUAAAUAGUAAAUUGACAUGUGCAUAUCCAUCCAAGCAACAGCUUCCUAUAUCAGAGAUAAACAACUAAGAGAUACGUAAGGAAACGCCAGGACACAGGGAAAGUGCAUUCAAAAUGUUGCUGCAAAACAACAACAGAACAGGAUCGGACAUCAGAAAGGAAGAGAUCGCGCUUCAGAUAUUUGGGAAGAGUUAAACUACCAGCGAGGUUUCCAGAAACUAAUUAUACGAUAUAGAAAUCAGAAGAACAUACAUACAUAGGUACCGAUACACAUACAUUAUGGAUAAUCAGAUUUGUACACUCCACUCCUCACGAGCCCCAUAAAUACUUUUCUUACUCUAAAAAAUCUCUCUCUAUCUCUACCUUUAUAUUUUUUCCACUGCUAUCCUUAAGCGAUCAUUCAGAAAUGCUUUGAUAAAUCAGAAAACCAGCGGAAGGAAGUACAGAACUACAACCAACCUUGGCAGGGUCGAGUUCGAAAUGCCCUUUUCGAAAGCGAUUGGCUGGUGAAUUUAAUAGCGAAAGUUUAGGAACAAUUAUAGAGCGCACUUGAACGAAGAUUUUGUAAAGGGCAUUUUUUCUACCGUAAAGUCAGACAAGAGAUUCUAAUUAGGAUUCCUAUAGAAUUCGUUACAUUUAAGCCACACCAAAGACAAAGACAAGAGACAAAAGCAUAUAGAAAUCGUUAAUGACGCAAAUGAUAUAUUAUGGCAAGUUAUUUCAAUGGCAACCAAUACAAGAAACAAAACGCUAUUUACUAAGUUCAAUCUGAAUGACAGGCUACGUAAUUACACUACACACACAAGAAGAUCAACAACACGAAAAUAUAUCAUUUAUUGCAAAUGUUGAACUAAAUUGAUUAAAAGGCGACGCUCAGCGCUCUCGCUGAGGGCCCUGAACACCUUAUAUUGUAUUUUAAUAUCUCGACAACAAUCGAAGGUCGAGAAACGACAAUAAACUGUGAAAGAAAUAUGUAAAAAACAAAACCAAAAAUAAAAAUACAAACUAAAAUUAUAUUAAAAAUUGCGAAAAGGCAUUAUUAAUAUUGAUGAACACAGAAACUUGAAUUGUGUGAAACUAAAACUAAUGAGAAAAUUUAAUGAAAAACAU